AAACUGCCAUGUGUGAAAUUGAUCUUCUACUCAAUUAAACACUAUUUGAAUUGCGAAACUAGACGAGUAACGUACUUGUGAUUUGUGAGCAUAACUGUGAAAGAAGUGUGAAAGAACCAGAGAAGAGAACUAGAAUCGCAAAGAUGGGUGCAGGUACCGAUAACGUCCCUCCCUUCAUCGCCGCUCAACUCAGUCACCUCCUCUCUCAUUCCCGUCUCACCCUCAAGGUUGAUCAAAUGUGGUCCAGCGACAAAUACAAUUUCGGAUUCAUCGAUCGAUUCACCCUCCUCAUUCCAUAUUGCUUAGACUUCAUCAAAUGGGAUAUUGUAUACGACGCUGAGUCUCCUACUACUCCACCCGAUGUCAUUUUCGGCCCUGAAGAUGAACAUUUUCAUCCCUUUCAUAUGACACCUUCUUUUGAACCUGAUGAUAAUAUCGACUCCUUCUUGUCUGAUUGGAAUUACAAAGACCCCGCACGUCUCUUGGCUCUUAUUCAAUUCUUGAGGGAUCAAUAUGUGCUGUAUCAAGGGAAGCGUGUCGGAGAAGUUGAUGAUGAUAGGUUGAAAUUUGAAGUCAGCACUAUUGUUUCCAGGGAGGGACUAGAAAUGCAUAUGAGUUCUGCUGCUGACAAGUCUGAGGAGGUUAAAUUUGCGGUGCCCCUACUGGACAUUAACAUAAACAAGAUGGUGUCUGGCUGUUCCUGGAGACAAUUACAGAAGAUAUACUUGCAAGUUGUAUAUCCUGUUGGGAGAAAAUAUAUGUCUGCCUCUUCAGCUCCUCGCCUGAAGUUAGUAUCUUCUUCUGAGUUGAAAGCCCUAUAUUCCAUCGAUGACGUCAAGCUGCCUCAUUGGGUGGAUGGGAUGUGCUUGGCAGAAUAUCUUCCAAAUCUAGAAGAAUAUCUUGGGAAACAGGUCCUUGAGGCUGUUUCAUUAAUUGAUGUUAGAAGGAACUUUAUUGAAGCGUUGGCCGGUUGGUUAGGAAGGCCAGUUGAAGCUGAUCCUAUCUUUUGCAGAAAGGCAACUUUUCUGUCUGCUUCUGGAGUUUUUACAUUUCUGGUACACUUCCUAAUUCCAACUCAGUUUCCAAAGCAACAGCCAGCUAUUAUUCUUCAAAGUUCACAGCAUUUUAAUUCACAAAUGGCACCUAUGAAGUCACGUCCUAUUUCUGAUUAUCCAUGGAGUCCAAGAUGGGAACCAUCACUGAUGGCUGAACGAACUUGUGAGUUUCUGGCAGACGAGGCCUUGAAUUUCAAGAGGCAGUGCAGCGAGGGUCAAGUUCAACUAUAACAUGGCCGCUGGCUAGAGUCUGUAAACUUGGUCAUCACAAAAUUUCAUGUUGGUCUCUUCCCUUUAAUCCAACUGUUUUCUUGGGAGUUAAAUCAAUUUCCAUUGUGUAUUCAUGCAAUUCUCGGAAUUUGUCUGUUCUUUAACAAAAAAUAACCAUGUACAUAAAAGUAGUUGUUGUAUUAUCAAAAAGAUAUUCAACUUUGCAACGA